AAUGUAACUCUGAAACUGGAAUAUGCUUGAGCUUCAUGAAAACUACAGCAAAGUUCAGCGCUUUACAUGAAGCUACAAAUGAAUUCCUUUAUUCUUCUCUCUCCAAAGCCUUGUCAUCAGCAUCAAACUCUAAAAAGCUUCACAGAAUCCACUCAAAAAUUAUAACUCUAGGAUUUGAAAAAUCUUCCUUCUUCUCAGGUAAACUCAUUAGCAAAUAUGCUCAAUUCAGGGACCUAACUUCUUCAUUCUCUGUUUUCCGCCAAGUUUCACCUUCAGCCAAUGUUUACCAAUGGAAUUCAUUCGUUCGAGCUCUUACCCACAAUGAGUUAUUCUCCACAGCACUUGGUUUUUAUAGCCACAUGCGAAAAAUGGAUGUUUUACCUGAUAAAUAUACUUUUCCUUCGGUUAUCAACUCUUGUGCUGCUUUGGUGGAUAUUGAGAUGGGACAAGUUGUUCAUCAGAACGUUUUGAAGAUGGAUUUAGGCUCAGAUUUGUAUAUUGGGAAUACGUUGGUCGAUAUGUAUUCUGGACUUGGUUGUUUGGACGAAGCUUUAAAGAUGUUUGAUGGAAUGCCUGAAAGGAAUGUUGUGUCUUGGAAUAGUUUAAUUUCAGGGUAUAGUGCAAAUGGGUAUUGGGUAGAAGCAUUGGAAGUUUAUAAUAUGGCAAGAAUGGCGGGAAUCAUGCCGGAUUCUUUUACUCUUUCAAGUGUUUUGCCUGCAUGGGGAGGUUUGGUUAAUGUUAAAGAAGGUGAGCUAGUUCAUUGUUUGGUGCAGAAGAUAGGAGUUCACUACGAUGUUCUGGUAAGCAAUGGACUUCUUUCUAUGUACUUCAAGUUUAAUAGGCUCAUCGAAGCACGAAGGAUUUUUGAUGAAAUGGUUGUUAGAGAUACUGUUACUUGGAACACGUUGAUAUGUGGGUAUUCUCAGAUGGAGUUACAUAAAGAGUCGAUCAAGUUGUUUAUGCUGAUGGUGGAUAAGUUUAAGCCUGAUUUACUAACUAUUACUUCUGUUCUUCGUGCUUGCGGUCAUGUAGGCGACUUGAAAUUUGGAAAAUUCAUUCAUGAGUACAUGAAGAAAAGUGGGUUUCAGAGUGAUGUUACUGCUGAUAAUAUUCUUAUUGAUAUGUAUGCGAAAUGUGGUGACUUGCCAGCUUUGCGUGAAGUAUUUGACAGAAUCAUGUGCAGGGAUUCUGUCUCGUGGAACUCGAUGAUCAAUUGUUAUAUUCAGCAUGUUGAUUAUGAUGAUGCAGUGAAACUUGCUAAGACUAUGAAGGUUGAUCUGAAAGUUGAUUCCAUUACUUGUGUGAUGCUCUCUGUUUCUACUCGAUUAGUUGACAAAGACCUGGGGAAAUAAAUUCACUGUGAUGUAACUAAAAUGGGAUUUGAUUCAGACCUCAUUGUCAAUAACUCUAUGGUUGAUAUGUAUGCUAAAUGUGGGCUGUUGAGUGACUCAGUGAAAAUAUUUGAAAACAUGAAAACUCAUGAUAGAGUAACAUGGAAUACGAUUAUAGCAGCAUGUGUUCAAUCUGGGGAUUUCACUUUUGGGCUGAGAAUGAUUAAUCAAAUGAGGACUGAGGGAGUGAUGCCUGAUGUGGCCACUGUCCUAGUCAUCUUGCAUAUGUGCUACUUUUUCGUUUCCAAACGGCAAGGGAAGGAGAUCCAUGGCUGUAUUUUCAGAUUCGGAUUUGAAACAGAUGUUCCAACUGGUAAUGCACUAAUUGAAACGUACUCUAAAUGUGGUAGUUUAAAAGAUUCUGCCCAGGUUUUUGACCAUAUGAAAGUGAGAGAUGUGGUGACAUGGACUGCUAUGAUCUCUGCAUAUGGGAUGUAUGGAGAAGGCCGCAAAGCGCUGAGAGCUUUUGAAGAUAUGAAAGCAGCCGGUAUUAUUCCGGACCAUGUUGUCUUUGUUGCCAUCAUCUAUGCUUGUAGCCAUUCAGGUUUAGUAGACGAGGGUUUGGCUUGUUUCGACCAGAUGCAGAAAGAUUACAACUUGGAGCCUAGAAUUGAACAUUAUGCUUGUGUGGUUGAUCUUCUUUCCCGUUCUCAAUUGAUAUCUAAAGCUGAGAGGUUUAUAAAAUCAAUGCCACUGAAGCCAGAUGCAAGUAUAUGGGGCUCUCUACUUAGUGCAUGCCAAUCGAGUGGCAACACCGAGGUUGCAGAACGUGUUGCUGAGCAUGUCCUUGAACUGAAGUCAAACGAUACCGGGUACUAUGUUUUAGCAUCAAAUGUCUAUGCCAGUUUAGGGAAGUGGGAGCAAGUGAGAAUGAUACGAAAAUCCAUAAAAGCUAGAGGGCUCAAAAAAGAUCCUGGAUGUAGCUGGAUAGAAAUAAAAAGAAGAUUGUAUGUAUUUGGAACUGGGGAUAAGUUCUUUGAACAGUUUGAAGAGGUUAAUAAGUUAUUAGGGAAUUUCGGUUUGAUGGCUAAGGAAGGUUAUGUUGCUGAUCUGAGAUAUGUUUUGCACGACGUUGAAGAGGAUGAGAAAAGAGACCUGCUUUGUGGGCACAGUGAAAGGCUUGCGAUGGCGUUUGGAUUAUUGAACACAGAGCCCGGGACACCAUUGCAGAUUAUGAAAAACCUUCGCGUUUGUGGGGAUUGUCACACUGUGACCAAGUAUAUAUCAAUGAAUAUGCAACGGAAGAUAUUAGUAAGAGACGCCAAUCGUUUUCAUCUUUUCAAGGAUGGAACCUGUACUUGUGGAGAUCGUUGGUGAUGCUUCUCUUCAUCAUAUUUUCUAGCUAGACAAACCUGUCCAUGCUGAUGCCUCAAUCCUCUUCAUCAAAAGGAAAAUGAAAAAGAACAGAUUCAU